UCCCAGCAGCAGCAGCAGCAGAAGCAGCGGCGGCGCCCCUCCCUCCCUGCCUCUCCUCCUUCAGACCUGCUGCCUCUCAGCCGACAAGCCGCUGCGCUCCUUCAGCUUCGCCGCAGAAAGGCCAGCGAAUCCUCCAGUACCAGAGUGAUGUCCUAGAGACAGUUGUGCUGGUCAACCCAUCAGAGGAGACCGCUGCUUCAGAGAUCCGUUCUCUGAUUACUGAUUCUGCUGGGCAGAAGUUGCUAAUACUGAGUGGCCAGAGCUCUGACCAGGGAGGUGACGUCAUACUGCAAGGUGGAGCCUUCACCUGGAAACACUUUUCUGACAUCAUCUCUCAUCCUGAAGUGAUUGAAGUCCUGUCCAGGGCAUCUUCACAGCAGCGGCCCAGGCUUACUGUUUCCUGCCAGGGAGACGGGGGCUGGAGCUCCCUGGGCCACAGCCAGGAGCAGCAGCCUCUCCACAAUCUUUUAGAGUACCGCCUGAACCCCGACCCGCAGCUCCCCAACAUGGAAGGAGUCACAGAGUUCACCGAGUAUGUUUCAGAGACAGUGGAUGUCCCAUCCCCGUUUGACCUUCUGGAGCCCCCUACUUCUGGCGGCUUUCUGAAGCUGUCUAAACCCUGCUGCUACAUUUUCCCUGGUGGCAGGGGGGACUCUGCUCUGUUCGCUGUCAACGGAUUCAACAUUCUUGUGGAUGGAGGGUCUGAGCGGAAGUCCUGCUUCUGGAAGCUGGUACGUCACCUCGACAGGAUUGACUCUGUCUUGCUCACCCAUAUUGGGGCAGACAACCUCCCAGGUAUCAAUGGCUUGUUCCAGAGAAAGAUUGCUGAACAGGAGGAGGAACAGACCCAGGGAUCUGGCUCCGGCACCUAUGGUGACUGGAUGAAGAACCUGAUCUCUCCUGAGCUUGGGGUUGUGUUUUUCAAUGUCCCAGAGAAGCUGCGGAUGCCUGAGUCUACGCUAAAAGUGAAGCGAAGCAUUGAAGAGGCAUCUCUUACAUUGCAGUAUCUCAAUAAGCUUGGUAUCAAGCCAGAGCCUCUUUACAGGGUAGUCAGCAACACCAUUGAACCAAUUACACUUUUCCACAAACUUGGUGUCGGAAAGUUAGACAUGUAUAUCCUAAACCCUGUAAAAGAAAGCAAAGAGAUGCAGUUUCUAAUGCAGAAAUGGGCUGGAAAUAGCAAGGCCAAGACAGGGAUUAUGAUGCCUAAUGGGAAAGAAGGAGAAAUAUCUGUUCCUUAUUUAACAUCAGUUACAGCCCUCAUUGUUUGGAUUCCACACAGUCCUACGGAGAAGAUAGUGAGGGUGCUGUUCCCUGGAAAUGCACCACAGAACAAAAUCUUUGAGGGCCUUGAGAAACUGAAACACCUGGACUUCCUGCGAUAUCCAGUAGCUACCCAAAAAGACAUAUCCUCUGGUGCACUGCCUCCUAUUAUUAAACAAACUAAAAUUAGAUCAAGAACCGAUAGCAAAGAGAGCCUCAAAUCUUCACCCAAACCGCACACUAAAACAAGCAAGAAAGAGGUUAGCGGGCAGGACGAAGAAUCUAAGAGUGACUUGGUCAAAGAGAACAAAGUAGAAAAGAAAGAAGAGAAGAAAAUCAAAAGUGAGAGUGCAAAAGCCACCAAACAACAAAAGAAUAGUCAGGUGGCCCCUGAGGCAGCCAAACUAGAGAAAAAGAAAAUUUCUAAGGAAAAGACUGUCAAGAAGGAAAAAACAUCCAAGAUGGAUGAGAAGAAAGACAAGGAAAAGAAGGAAAUCAAGAAAGAGAAACGUGAGGUAAAGAAAGAUGAUAAUGUUAAAAAAGAAGAGAAAAAGGAUAGUAAAACAAAGGAGGAUAAAAAGAAGGACCCAAACAAGCCAGAGCUGAGGAAAAUUACCAAACCUGACCUAAAGCCACUCACCCCUGAAGUGAGAAAAACUCUGCACAAGGCUAAGGCUCAGGCAAAGCCCAAGACAGACAAAAAUAAAGCAGUGAAAGAGCAAACUGAUGAGAAAAAAGCAGUCACCAAGAAGGCCCCUGAAGAGGCACCAGCAGCUGCGUUGGCAGACAGGUCCAUUGUGUCCUCCCCAGAGGACCUCACUGAGGACUUUGAGGCUCUGAGGCAAGAAGAGCUCUCCAAACUUGGGAGUGAGCCCAUCCAGAAUGAUGUUAUGUCUGGGCAUACAGAUUUCAUGGAUACUAAGCUUCUUUCCAUGGUUUGCCCUGAUGGGAAAAUUACGUCCACAGACACUGAGACUAAAUCUCCUUUGCCCAAACAGGAAGAAGACAACAAAGGUAAAAGUGCACCAGAACAGGAUGCAGACAUGGAAAAGAAGGACGUAAACGAUAGCUUUGACAGAAAAUAUGAAGAGGAGAAAAUGGAGAAAUAUGGCAAAUAUCCCACAAAGGAUGACAUGAAAGACAGAUCUAAGAAGAGUGACAGCUCAGAGGAGGAGGGUGAUGUCAUUGAAAAAGCUGAAGUAGAGGGAACAGAAGAUGAUGAGGAAAUGAAAUAUAAAACAGAGGAAGCAAAAAAAGAGAAAUCUGGAAAAGAGUGGGACACCAAGCCAACUGAGCAUAAGCCAUUAUCAACCAUUGCCCCACCUGGGCAAGCUGCAGUGGCUUCUGCCUCAGAUCAGUUCUCUUUUAUUCAAGAUGAGACCAUCCCUGGUUACUCUGAGACUGAGCAGACCAUCUCUGAUGAGGAAAUCCAUGAAGAUACAGAGGAUAGGAUCCCACAGCUGCGUUACGAUGUAGGUUCUUAUGACAUCUCCGUCCCUGAUGUCCCCGGCACCUUUGACUCCAUGCAUGGUAUAAAAGAGAUGAAGAGCUCAGUCGUGUCUGAUGUAGCAGAUGUCAAACCUAAAGGCUUCAUGGCCAGUCCUGACCCUGUGCUUGCAGCCUACCCUAGCAUCAUUGCUGCUCCUCUAGCAGAGGAAGAGCACAUCUCCUCUGCAACAUCCAUCACAGAGUAUGACAAACUGUCCUCAUUUGCCACAUCUGUGGCAGAGGACCAGUCCAUUGCAUCAGUGACAGCACCUCAGACUGAGGAGACUGGGAGGAGCUCUCUCCUACUGGAUACUGUCAACAGCGUACCAUCCCGCACUGAGGCCACCCAUGGGAAAGACUAUCUACACUCUGCUGGAACUAUCUCUCCCACUUCCUCUCUGGAGGAAGACAAAUGUUUCAAGUCUCCCCCAUCUGAGGAGUAUCAGCCCAUCAUUCCUGAGAUGGAGGCUGGUGCAAAAGUUAAACCAGUCCAUGAAGAAGAAGAUGAGGAAGAUGAGGACGAGGACCAGACUCCUAAUGUUGACAUUCCUUUGGGUAAACUCCAAGAAGGCUAUGAACAUGCCACCUCCAUAAUGCUUCAGGAAAAGGAGAAAUCUCCCUCUUCAAUCAUGCCUUCUGCCCCUGUCUCUACCACACAGUACUCUCUCACAAAGGCUGGUGGAGAAAACGAGGCUCUCUUUAGUGAGGAGAAGUCAAAGCCUCUCUCACCCCCUCCAUCUUUCUCCACUGGAUUUGAUUCUGGAUCCAUGCAGGAGAGUGAGGAAAGGUGUACAAGUCCAGAUGACAGCACCAUGAAACUGACCUCACCCACACAUUCUGUGCCUAUCAGCAGAGGUUACUCUCCGACUGAAGAAAAGCCCUAUAACGAAGUGGAAGAAGAUGACACUGUGACCAAACUGAAAGCUGACACACAGAAAACAGAAAAAUCAGUUACUAUUUCAGACAGUAGCUCCGUUAUUGGCUUGCCUGGUGACCGGACAACUUUUGAAGGAUCUGAGGAAUCUGAUGAAAAUGGUGAGGAUGACUAUUAUGUCAAAAAGGAUCUACAGCCCACUGUUAAAGCUAAGUUAAUGGAGGAGAAAGAGGGGAGGUUCUUAGAUGAUGACUACACUUGUGAGGCAGAGUCUUUGAAGAAGGAAAAAGACAAAGGACUCUUGGAGGAUGAAGACAUCAGAUCAAAGUAUCUGCAGGAUACACAGGCCAAGCCCUCAGACAAGACACAGCUCUCUGGUAGCACAGAUGAAAAACCAAAACCACAAGUGAUGUAUUCAGAUGAAGAAGAAGAUGACGAAGAAGAGGAAGAAGAGGAAGAAGAUGAUGGUGAUGAUUUCCCAAGUGGGUUAGGAUCUAAGCCCUUAUCAGUGGAUCAAGGCAAAGCAGACAUAAAACAGGACAGCCAGGAGAAAACGGAUAAUAUAGCAUUUAAAGAGCAAGAGAGAAGUGUUCAUUUCAGUCUCUAUAAUUUCCCAGAAAGGGAGAGCAAGGAAAAAGGGUCAGGAAGAGACAUGAGACAAGACACUCCCUAUGUGCAUGGCAAAACCUUUUCUUACAGUGACUUUUAUGACAGCAAAACAAGCUCAGUGGAUUCAGAUUCAUAUCAACAGGAUUCCCCAAAUAAAAUGCAGAAAGACAGUGCCAAGAGUGAAAUGGAUUCACAGAAACCUAAGCCCCCCUCCCCAUCAGCUUUGACAGACAAGCUCUCAGAAAAGGAGGGAUUCACUGACUCUUAUGGAAAAGAUUUCUCCAGCUCAUCUGGGCUUGGUGCCAAGAGCCCACCUGCUUUUGAGAGAGAUGAUAAAGAUAAGCAGCCAUUUGAAUACAGCAGAGAGACCAGAUUCCCUUCUGUGGCUGAUAGACCUGAGGCCUCAUCCACUUCCUUAUCAUCAGAAAAAGACAUCUAUUUUAAAGGCCAAACUGACAGUGUAAAAUCCCCUACAUAUUCCUCAAUGACAGCAUUUGAUGCAGACAAACCCGCUGUUACUAGCUGCCUUGAGAAGGGAGCAUCUUUGGAGAUUGAUAUGCGAAAACUAACUGCAAGGGAUGAGGAGGACUAUGAUGAUGAUGAAGUUGUUGUCGAUGAAGAUGAUGAGGACGAUGAAGAUGAAGAGGAGGAGGAGGAUGAAGCUGCUAGCAGUUCAGAUAUUGAGAAAGGGGCCAAAGAGAAAUCUGAGAAAGAAGUAAAAAGUCCAGUCAGUGAAAUGCUUGGAUCAAAUAAACCUGAAUUUUUGGUUUCUAUGGCUGGCUACGGCUAUGACAGCCAGGGGAAGCCAAGCACCAAAGAAAGCAGCCCUAGCCCCCCCUCAAAGGGUGAAGUUGACUCCUCAUCCCUCAGUGGGAAGCCGGCAGAUAUGGGAGCUACAGGUUUCUCUUGCUACUCCUCUGGAUUUGAAUAUUCAUAUGGAGGUGGAGAGAAAGACUCAUUUUUAUUGAGUCAGACAACAGAUAAAGGCAAGGAGGAUUUCUCUCUGAAAUCAACUGAGGACAGUUAUUACCAGAAUGAGAGAGCAGAUCCUGAGUUUGAGAAACAAAAGACACCAGAUCUUUUGAGUAAGAGAACACUGGACACAAGCUUCCAAUAUUCUACUACUGCAGCUCCUGCUUACUCCUCUUCUUCUGCCUACAGUUACUCCUCCUCCACCUCAGGCUCUCUCUCCACCAGCCGUCAGUUUGGGGAGGAGCUGGAGACACCUGCCACUGCUGAGCCUCUCUUUGAGUACUCCUCCUUUAAAGACGAACACUCACUGGUCAUGGACUCCCCGUUCUCUAGUUCUGGUGGUGUAAAAGAUGAAUAUCUGGAAGUGUCUGAGAAGCAGAUGACCACUACCACAGCAGAGUCUACCUCCAGCCUAGCCCGCUUCUCGCCCUUAAGCCCUUUUGAGGAAGUCAAGUCUUUCCCCUCUCUCUCUUCUGCUGCCUUGACUGAGGAGAAAAAGGAGCAUGCAGCUUCUGUGGGUGCAGCUAUGGACAAAGGCCCUCAGUCAGACUGCUUCUAUAAACCUGAUUGGUCUGAGGGGUCCAAACUGGACACAGCCAGUGGGUUAGGGGCCACAGCAGCACCUUUUUCAGAGCCCCCAGACCUCUCCAAGGACAAAGAGUCAGCCAGUGCAGCUCUGUUUGGCAUCACUUCCUCACCACGCCCAGACAUAGCAACCAAACAUUACUUUGAGGAGACUGACAGCAGUGAGGAAGAGGAGGAUGAGGAACGUUACAUGCGUGAGAUGACUCAGAGGUCUCCUUCCAGCAAUCUGGCUGGUGGUGUCUCAUUCUCCGACAAACCCAGUGCCCCUACCUCCAGUGGCAAGACAGGUGGCACACUUCCUGAUGUACUUAGCUCCUACAUGUCCUCACCUCUCCAGGUCAGCAAACCAGAUACAGCCAACGGCCCCACAGAAGUCAGUAUGAGCUCACCGAUCACUGGUGGAGUAGCAGCCAGCAGUGCAGACUCAGGCCCGACUAAGGCUGAGCCUAGAGAAGGAACUGGUUACAGGAGCUCCUAUGAGUGGGAGAUGGCAAAGCCCCAGAUGGGAAUGGUUCCUGGAGACUCCCCUCCUCAUUACCGCCAUGAAGAUGAAUUUGAAGAGGAAUGUGAGAUGGAACCAGAGCGCCCUGCCCGCCCUCUCUCUCUCUCCUCAACAGAUCAAUCAUUCCGCUCUCCAUUCUAUGCAGAGGAGUGUAGCCGAGGAGGGAGGGAUGACGAUGACGAUAGUGACCAGGACCUCACUGUAGAUGCGCACAUGGGAGCCACCUCCUCCUACACCAGCCGCACCUCCCCUGGCUAUUCCUCCUCUGAUUACAGACAGCACAAAGGGGAUCUCUCACCUUCCUUCAUAAACCCCUGCAUGCAGCAGCUGUCCAGCGAUGAGGAUGAGGAGGAACAAGGACGCAGAAGUGACCAGUCUCAGGAGGGUGAUGAACACGACCUGUCAGUCAAGAGAAGGGCUCACAAACAGCCUCAUCAUCACCAGUCACAGAGCAGGGAUGGCAGCUCUCUGCACCAGCCUGGGGGGAUGUCAGUAGGUCUGGGUCUGGCUACUGAGGAUACCCCCCCAACCUCGGUCAGUGAGUCACUAGCUUCUCAGUCAGACUCAGAUAUGCCCCCAGGCACUGAAGAAUGCCCCUCUGUCACUGGAGAUGGCAACAUGGAUUCAGACGAGGAUGCGGACUACAUGCCUGUAGAUAAAUCCUCUGCUGUGGGAGGAGGCAACCAUCACUCUGCCUCCAGGGGGAGCCGUGACCCUCCUCCCGCCCCCCUCAUGGACCGCUACCCACACCCUCCCCACCCUGAUGUUUGCAUGGUGGACCCCCACUCUCUGGACAAUGACCAGAGUCAGGCCCAGGAGGGCUCAGUUAAGAAAGAGCUGAAACCCAAAGGCUUGAAGAAGACCUCAGGAAAAACCAAAUCUGCAUCCCCAGCCAGGCGCAAGAGGUCUCCCAUGCCUGUCAAACAGACAUCAUCUCCUCGCAGUGCCUCACUGAAGAAGAAAGAGGCAGACAAGAGCUCUAGGAUGUCUCGUCUCUCGGAUGGACAAGGCUCCAGGGAAGAUGACGUCUCCAGGUCCAGCUACAACCCUGGCAAGGGGCUGACUAAUGGUGUCAAGAGCAGCUCUGGUUCUCAGAAAUCUGCCUCAGUGGUUGCCCCUGGUCUUCCUGUUUAUGUGGACUUGGCAUACAUUCCCAACCACUGCAGUGCCAAGAAUGUAGACCAGGAGUUUUUCAAGCGUAUUCGUUCUGCGUACUAUGUGGUGAGCGGGAAUGAUGCAGGAAGUGGUGAACCGAGCCGAGGAGUCCUGGACGCACUGCUGGAGGGAAAAGCUCAGUGGGGAUCAAACUUACAGGUGACGCUGAUCCCCACCCAUGACACAGAGGUGACCCGUGAGUGGUACCAGCAGACACAUGAGAAACAGCAGGAUCUCAACAUCAUGGUCUUGGCCUCAAGCAGCACCGUCGUCAUGCAGGAUGAGUCUUUUCCAGCCUGCAAGAUUGAAUUUUAAGAGCCCCCUUCUCUAUGAUGCUACACCUGGCUUCCCCUGUGUAGAUCUGUUUUUAAUUGCUCUUUUCUAUAGCCUGAUAUGCAAAUCUGUCUCUGCUGUGGGCAUCUAACUAGGUCAUUUUGCCUAAAGCUGAACCAGAUCUGGCUACCAGUCUACUCUUUUUUUUUUUUUUUUUUUUUUUUUUUUUUAGAUUUUUAUUUAUGUACAAGCUUGUCUUGGCUAUCAUCAUCAUUUGUAUUACAAAGGUGCUUUUCUGACAGCCGUGACCAUGAUUAUUAUUUCAUCCUUUGAAAUGGAGGAUGCAGUUUUUCUGUCUUUUAACUGAUUUUUUCUUAACCCUUUGAGACAAUGACCUAUUUUAUCUAUUAGCCAAGACAAUACUUGCUCACAGCCAGCUGUAAAAAAAAAAUAUCAGUAAUACUUGGGAAACAGUGUAAAAGGUGAUGCUCGGUUCCUUCACUUCUGAUUGGCCUAAAUCAAAGCACAAGAUUGCCCUCCCUUGUAACUUGAAAUUUUAAGCCAGCAACAUAUUACAGAACCCAGACAUAAAAUCUUUCAUCAUACAAAUGAUUAAAUCAAGACUUUUUCUGACUGAAAUGAUUAUUAUAGGUUGCCAAUUGUGGUCGUUCUUACUUUAUUUUCCUUUUUUGUCCGUCGGUCAGUCGUCAUCUAAAACAAUGAUAGUCCUGUUGUUGAACUUUGUGCCUACUAUUGACAUAGUGACAUAGAAAAUGUUCCAAAUAGAUUCCAGCAGUCUUUUCAAAAUGUCCUUUGAAUAUAUUUGCUGUAGCAUAGGGGACAUCAUAUUCAAAAGUUGUAUCGUAGUCGUGAAUUAUGAUAUUGCCACAAUUAUCUCAAAGUGAAUACCAAUUGUAAGAAUUUCUCAGUGGCUGUUUUUUUUUUUUCUUACAGUGAAUUCUAACUCUAAUAAGUUCUAAUUAUUUCUGCAUUCUUACUAGUAGCUGUAUUUUUUCAGUGUACUUCAAGAAACCACAUCAUUCCAGUGGAUUUUUUUGGUGGUGAAUGGCAUGAUAGAGGAUAGCACCAAUUUCAAAUGAGAAUGAGAGAAGUACAAAACGGACAAAUCUUUGGAUUAUGCCUGUUGAAAUCAUUAUGUACAGAACACUUUACUGUGUUCAAAGCUGAUUUGAGGGGGAAGAAAAAAGACUGUUGCAAGCCGCUUCACAAGAGAAACCUCUUAUUGGUCUCUGUGUCAAUAUGACCCUUAUACAAAUGCUGUGUAAAAGAAUGAAGAAUGUAUUCCACUACAGCAAUAGGAACAUGUGGCUGUGAGGAGAGCAGACUUGAGUUUUUGUUUGCCUGAUGAAGAAAAUGUGGUCUGGUUUGAUAGGUGGUAGAGGUUAGACUGUCACCCACAUGUGCCUUUCUGUCCUGGUGUGCUGGAAGGGAAAUGUAAUGCAAUGCAAGGUAUAUUUGUUAGAGUCAGAGAACUUUACUGUAAAUCAGUAUGCAGCAUAUCUAUGGCUCUGUGGUAUAGGCUUAGGCGAGCUGGUCUCCACUGUUGUUGUGAGUGUGUCAGUAAGAUCAUCAGUGCACCACAAGUAAAGGCCCAGUUUGUACAUAUUAAGUGGCACUUUUAGGCAUCAGUUCAGUAUUUCAGAGUGUCCUAGGUUCCCUGGAGCGACCACUUGCCAAGAAGCACAAACAGCAAACUGUUCCCAACAAAGCAACACGUGCGCAAAAUCGUUGUCUGCCCAGUGAAAAAUACUCAAACCUACAGUAUGAUCCGUGUUUUUCGUGUUAUCUAAUUUAGUAACCUAAUGUUUUAUAAUUACUUGCACUGAAAGUUGUGCUUUUUUAAUCUCUUGUUUUUUUUUUUGUUGUUUGUUUUGUGUUUUUUUUGUAUUGAUUACUUUUUAAUUAAUGGAAAGGAUAACUUGUGUCCUGAGUUAGUGUUUUUAGGGUGUUUAUCUGUGGGAUGAGAACCCACAUUGUUUUUUUGUUUUGUUUUUGUUUUUGUUUUUGUUUUUAUUUUUUAGCCAAAAUCACCUCAACCCAUUGACUCAUUGUUUUUAAAUGUACAAUUUAACUUGAUAUUUCCAGUAACAAUUUUAAUUUCAGUGGUAAUUCAAUGGAUGGUUUUUUAGUAACAGUUUACUAACUUACUGUUAUGUGUAAAUGUAUUUUAAUUUGAUGUUGAUGGUUUUAUAUUUUUAGCUGUGUUUUGCGAUUCAAUAGAUUGAAAGUUCAAAAUCAACUUUGUAACAAAUGGACCAACAAGGCUCACUCGCUGAAUCACAACAUUGGUGCCAUUUUACAAUCACAAUGGAAAUCCAAAUAUUCUGCUCCAUAUUAUUUCAUAAUGUCAACAGGUCCAGUGACAAAUGCGCUUAAAUAAUGACGAUAUUUGUCUCUAAAAGACAACGUGCAACAGAUUCCAGUGAGUGCUGCAAGCCGCGAGGGAAGCAGAGCAUGACAUUCGGGGAAUGACCUAGAUCUCAGCGGUUUCAGGUGAUUUGAAUGUGAAGAAGCAGAUUACCUUUACGUUCUCUAUGGAGGACUUUGAUCUCUCGGUUGCCUUGGUUACUGUAUGGUACAUCUGUAUCCCACUGACUCAUCAGUUACACUGGCAUCAACAACAGUGUCCUUACUGUACCCUGCGCACGUUUCAGCUCUGUGCAGUGCGGAGAAAGUCCAAACCUUUGUUUUCUUCUCACCAUCUAUAUCUGCACAACCUGUAUGUAGAGUAGCCCACAACAGCUCUUUUAUUUUAUUAUGAAGAACAAGUCAGUGAAUGUUAGGAUACUUAGUCGCCAGAUGAACAACAAACAAGUUUGAUUUCUGUCUGUACAGAGAAGACGAUAGCGUUGUCAGUACAACAACAAACAGCCGUGUCUGUCGGAUUGAGCCGAGAGGGAUUUCGAGUCGAUUUGCAUCGUUGCGUAGCUCCAGUAAUGGCUCUGAUAAAACAGGGUUAAUCAUGACAUCAGUAUUUUCCUAACAGCAGAGGGAUCAGUCUGCAUACCCAUUACGCUGAACAGGCAGGCAGUUUAACCAGUCAGUAAAUGAUGGUGUGAACAAUGUAAUCUUUGCAUUCCUAUUAAAAUACUGCAUCAUUCUAAAGGCUAAUAUUAACACUACUCACAUAUGAGCAGACCACUCAAAAACCAGACUGCCAGACAGAGGGACUCCGUUCACUCUGCCAGUACAUUUUUAUCUAGAGGAUUUCCUAUUAUUCACACUGACUUUUUUCAGAGACAACUAAGUACAACCAUGUAUAACUGUUACAUUUUUGUAUUGUGGAAAA